GCGUCAGUGUUGUUCAGUGCCGCCAGGGUAUCGUCGCUGCCUGUAACGUCGCCGCUCGCUGUGGAAAGCGUGCAUGCGCAUGUGUUAUCGUGACUCGAGGCGUUCGACCCACGCAAUCGGGGAGGCAUGCCCAGCGCCGGAGAACUCUCUCUUGUUCUCCCACGACCCGAUCAUAUGUUUGUGGAGCAUCUCCGUUGCUGAUAUUCCGCCCCCGAGCCAGGUCAAGCUCACCCGGUCGGUCAGCCACCGCUGGAAUUCGCCGCCACACUGCGCUAACCACAAACACUUGCCACGAUGAACGUGCGGAUGUUCAACGUUAUCCUCCUCGGCUUCGCCUUCAUGUUCAUCUUCACCGCUUUUCAGACGGGCGGCCUAAUACAGAAAGUUGUCCUUGACAGUAUCCACAAGGAAGACCCCAGCUAUACUGGUGACGGCUACGUCAGCCUGGCUGUUAUUUAUGCUGUUUUCGCCAUCUCCAACUGGCUGGCACCAUCGGUGAUCAGCUUUCUCGGCCCCAAGUACACAAUGCUCUUUGGUGCCGUCACGUAUAACAUAUUUGUAAUCCAGUUCCUGUUUCCUGUAACUUGGGGUUUAUAUGCUGCGUCUGUUCUCAUUGGUCUGGGUGCUGCAAUGAUAUGGACAGGCCAAGGGAACUUUUUAACCAUCAACUCUGACAGCACCACCAUGUCUCGGAAUAGCGGCAUUUUCUGGGCCAUGCUGCAGUGCAGUCUUAUCUGGGGCAACAUAUUUGUCUACAUCCAAUUCCAAGGUCGCGACCAAGUCGACCGGCAUAGCCGCUUAACGGUCUACGGCGCCCUGACGGGCAUCGGCAUUCUCGGCAUGUUGCUGCUGCUGUUGCUCAGAGGGGGUGGAAUUCCUCGGCGCCAAAACAGCCAAAGUGAAACGGAAGAGAAAAGCGGUCCCUCGUCACAAGUUGAUGUCAGACAACUGAAUGCGCAGUCGGGCUUCAUGGAUGCAUUGUUGCAGUCAGUGAAGCUUAUGAAGACGGGGAAGAUGCUCAUACUCAGCGUUGCAUUCUUUUAUACGGGACUGGAGCUGUCAUUCUUCAGUGGUGUCUAUGGGUCAUGCCUUGGCUUCACAAAAAGCUUUGGCAAGGACUCUUCCAAGUUCCUUGGCAUCAACGGUCUUCUCAUUGGUGCUGGUGAAAUCACAGGUGGGCUUCUUUUCAGCAUUCUGGGCAAGCAGACAAACAAGGCUGGCAGGGACCCCAUCAUUCUCCUUGGUUACAUUGUGCACGUCGUUGCCUUCUACACCAUUUUUGUAAACCUGCCAGCAAACUCGCCGCUGGGACCCACUUCAGAUCCUGCCUACAUCACGAGCAAUCUCUACCUUGCCUUCGUGGGUAGCUUCUUGCUUGGAUUUGGUGACAGCUGCUACAAUACCCAGAUCUAUUCUAUUCUUGGAUUCGUCUACUCAGAUAACAGUGCACCAGCAUUUGCCAUUUUCAAGUUUAUCCAGGCGAUAGCUGCCGCAAUCGCCUUCUUCUACUCCAACUACCUGCUGCUGCCGUACCAGCUGCUAAUCCUGGUGGUGUCGGCAACACUGGGCACGCUCUGUUUUUGGAUCAUAGAGUGGCAGACGUUCGUCGAGUCCCAUUGCCAUAAAAGCCACACCGUCUCCGACAGCAGUAGCACUGACGAGCCCUAUCUGUCCAGUGUACUCCACAAUGCUACACCACAAUGGUUGCAACACGGAACAUCAUCAGUAAGGAGCACUGACGUGAAGAAGCAUAGCUGAAACGCAGUGUGGAGAAGCUGUGAAGACCCAAUCAGUCCACAUUCCUCGUCCACUACAGUAGACCCAGUACCAAGGCGCACCCCGGAGCAAUGCAUCAUUUUGAAGGCAUGAUCGCCGAUGAUGUUGGAUCAGUGUCGUGUACUUGAGCGCAUCUUUUAUCUCGCAUACAUACCAGUUUGUGAUACUAUCAGCCCGAACACAAUGGACGCAACUCUAGGUGGUCGACUGGCGAAAUGGUUGUGUCGUAGAGUGCAAGUCUGGUGCCAUGGACUUUUCGUUUUUAUAUGAGAGAGUGACCGUAUUACCUUCCCACACACUUUCAUGUUAUUAGGUGGACUGUUGUGAGUCUAUAUUUUUGAUAUAUUCUUGUUAAACAAGAGAUUUUUUGCAACUGCUCAGGCAAACUGUUAGAGCUUUUAUUUGUUUAUUGUGCAGUUGUCACGUGUAGUACAAAGGGAAUGAUUAUAUAUACAAUGAAAAUUUUUAUUCAGCAUUCCUGUUAAAGAUGUGUCUUAGAUAAUAAUGUCUGUAAAUACUGUAUUUUUUUACUUCUUUGCAUGUACAAAAGCGGGUGCAAAAAAAUAAACGUGACUUUGGUCCUGUUGCCUCUC